AUGAUCGCUUCAGAAUCACUUUCCUCCUCAACAAACAACAAGCAAAACAACAACAAACAAUUGGAAGAAGGAGCAAUGGAACUCAGAGUUGCAACCUCUUCCUCAACCAUUUUGUCAAGUGCUCAAAGCAGCACCUUUCCUUCCACUGUCGAGAAUCAAGUGACCACCUGUGAAAAUAAUAUCAUGAGCGUAAUGGAAACAUCGAACACCAAUCAACCCGUUCGAAACGUUCUUCAACUCUCCCAACAGCAUCAUGUAUUGCUCAUCUUUAGAAGAUUUGUUUCGUAUGGUGGGUGUGCCUUUUGUAACAGAAGGACUCUAGAAUUACUUCAAUUUUAUCGUUCCCUCACUCAGAUGAAUAUUGUUCCUGUCGUUGUCUAUCCUGAAUCCAAGGAAAAGGGUGAGAAAUUCUUUCAGAGUUUAGAGGUCCCUGAGCUUGUACAAAUGUUGCGAGUGGCUGACCCUGACAGUGAGUUUGCCUCCUCGUUUCAAGUACACACCGAUCCUUUUUCAAAAAAAGAAAUUCUCACGUAUUUACUGCCUCAAUUAAUCAUUGCUAAGGUCGAAGGAUUUUCUCAGGAAAUUCACAAACGACAACACUAUGAGGGUAAGAGUUUUGAUAUCAAACCAACCUUGUUUUUAUUGAGAGAAGGAAAGAUUGUGUAUGAGUGGAGAUUGAACUAUGCUGAUCACUGCACAGAGAUCAUCAACGAUAUUGUAUUGUUGUUAGAUGUAAAUAAUGGAGUGAGUGAAAAGAUUUUGAAAGAAGAAAAUAAUGACAUGGAUCAUGAAGAGAAAAAUAGGUCGACUCUUUCAAUUACACAGGAAACACUGUCCAUGGAAACCAGUUUGAAACCAUCCGAAGAAACAUUGACAAAGUUGCCAAGAGAUGUCAACGAAUCAUCACAAGCUUUGGUAACUUUACAUGACGACGAAACUACUACUCGAUGUGUAGAGGACAAUACGUUAUCAAAGGUACAAGAACUGCCCCCCUCAUCGUCCUCUACACAUCAAACAUCUAACAAUGAAUCUUCUGUUGAGGGAAACCUCAAAGAACAACCAUCUUCUUCGGGCAGUCUCUCUGAAACAUUACACAUGCAACCAGCUCAAACAGAAAAAGCCAUUCCUUCCUCCAUUGUAGACCCUCUUCCAUUGAUACAGAGUGAAUACAUUUUCGUGGUUAAGGAUGUUCCCAAGUAUCGCAGAAUCCCAUCCACUCCUCUCGUUCAAGUCAUGAGUGCUGAAAUGAAAGAGCAAGAAGAAUAUGAAAAAACUGAAAGGGCCAAACGAAUGCUUCAACAACGAGUGCCAUCCCAUAAUGGUUCUUCUUCGAGCGAUAGUCAUGGCCGUCAUCGUUGUAAUCACGGACCUAUUCGAAUUUCAUGUAUUUGUUCUUUUGAUUCUGUGGAUGUUGAUUCGACUAUUGACUUGUUUAGUGUAUUGAAUGAUUCCAAAAAGAGAAGAUAUUUCAAGUUGUUUUCACAUUAUGAAUACAACUCGGAGAAUUUAAUCUUUUGGGAAGAAGUGUAUGUGAAUUACAAACCCAAUGCCUACAUUGGCAAGUAUGAAAAGGUCAAAAAGCUUGCAUUUGCCAUUUGUCAACAAUUUUUAUUUGAUUCUUCUUCCAUAAUGUAUAUUAACACCAAAGACAAGUUGAGAGAAGAAGUGAAAUCCAAUUUGAAGAGACUCUUCUGCUACAGCAAUAAGAAUGAAGUGAAAUUAAUGCCUUGGGAAGAACAAAUCAAAUUCAAUGAGCAAGCUCCCUUACUCUUUGACAAUAUUUUGAACGAAUUAAUGACUACCGUGUUACCUGACAUGUUUGUUCGAUUUAAAAUGAGUCCUUUAUUCAGUGAAAUGGAGAAUCAUAAAACUCAUCCUUGA